AUGGGGUCCGCUGACCCAACGCUAAAACCACUGACUCAUUUGCCACAAUUGAGUUUAUCGCAAAAAGUAGAUGUUAAGGAUGAAAAAACAUUUCACGAUCUUUUAGUCAAUAUGACAACGACAAUCAGUGCAUCACUCAUUUUGGUCAAGCAUGAAAUGAACCAAGAACACAAGAUUUUAUGCCAACCUGCAGUAGCCUUAGGUGUCAAGUGUCACUAUCCAAAUAUGUGUAAACACGUCAGCAAUGACCACAACGCCAUCUUUUAUUGCAAGCUUCAUUUUGUUCACAGUUUUCUUGAAAAUUUCCAACAUUUUCUCAGUUUCAAGAUUCCUGGCACCGUGGUCUUCCCAACUGUUAUGGACGAUUUCAUAAGUUUGCGAAAAGAUCUAUUCAAUAUUUUCCGACGUUGGUAUACAAUGACACUACUCGAUAACACACUAACACAAACGGACUUUUUUCAAAAAUUGUGCUUUUACGAAGAGAAAAUUGAGCCUUUUUCACUGAAAAAUGAAUCUCUGUCUCUCUCUGUCUCUCUCCCUUUCUCUGUCUCUCUCCCUCCCUCUCUCUCACUUUAUUUUUUUCAUUGGUGUUCAGGAUCGACUUCGUUGAAAUGA